AUGUCGCACAAACAUAGACAUUUUUAUUAUAUUGUUGAAAGACUUGUACAAUUUGAAAGUAUUCUUAGUACAAAAGAUUUAAAUGAGGAUCAUAUUAUAGAUCUAUACAAGUUUCGACAUCUAUGUUUUCGUGGGAUUCCUGAUGAGCCUGGUAUCAGACAAAAAAGUUGGAAGAUAUUAUUAGGUUAUUUGCCAACUGACAAAAGGAAAUGGCAUAAAACACUUGAUGAAAAUAGAGAAACUUAUUACCCAUUAAAUUCAGCGCCAAAUUCAAAAUGGGCAGAAUAUUUUGCGGACAAUGUAAUAUUAGAGCAAAUAGAUAAUGAUGUAAGACGGACAUUACCAGAUCUUGCAUUUUUUCAUUUACCAGUACCGCAUAGUUCACUAUGUCCACUAAAUUUGACAAAUGACGAUGAUAUGAGCAAUUAUAGUGAUUCCACUGUGAUGACACCAAAUUCUGAAUUAGAUGCUGAGGUUGCUGCUUUAGAAGCUCAAUUAACCAUAAUAGCGUCAACAUCAAUAUCUUACAACACACACAUUGAUUUCUAUGAUAAUAAUAACGAUUUUAAUAGUAAAAAUAAUCCUGUUACACCAAUACCGACACGGCGAUCAAUAUUUAGGCGCGUGCAGCACAUAAAUAAAAAUAGCGUUAUAAGAGGGGGAGGAGUGUCUGAUGGGUCAUGUGAUGACGGAGAGAUAGAUUUACACUGGGAAGCGAUAGAAAGAAUCUUAUUUAUCUAUGCAAAGUUAAAUCCUGGCGUUGGAUACGUACAAGGAAUGAAUAAGAUACUUGGACCAAUUUAUUAUACCAUGGCAAACGAUAGUGAUGAAAAGGGAAGAGCACAUGCAGAGGCAGAUUCAUUUUUUAUAUUUACAUUGUUGAUGUCACAUGUUCGUGAUCAUUUUGUUGGAAGCUUGGAUAUGGAUGAUUCGACUGGUAUUGGGCAUACAAUGAAAAAAUUAAAUAGACGAUUAAAAAAUUUUGCGUAUGAUUUAUGGGCUGAUUUAGAAAAAAAAGGAUUACAUCCAACUUACUACUCAUUUCGAUGGAUAACAGUAAUGUUAACACAAGAAUUCACAUUGCCAGAUGUAAUUAGAUUAUGGGAUUCUAUAUUCGCAGAUAGAGAUGUUGAAGAGUCAAAUAGUGGAUUUGAAUUUUUAAUAGAUUUUUGUUGUGCAAUGUUAAUAUGUGUAGAAAAACAAUUACUUGCGGGAACAUUACAAGAUAAUAUAAAAUUAUUGCAGAAUUAUCCAAUACAAGACCCAUUGAUAGUAUUAUCAGAAGCAUAUGUAAUGCGAGAGGAAAGAUUGUUGGCCAAGCUAAAUGGAGAAGAUAUCGACAUUUCAUCAGACACAGAAGCAGAAGAUAACGAAUAUUACGCAUCAUAUGGAGCUAGUGGAAAUGUAUAUUACGAUAAUUACCAAAAUAAAUCACUGUCAAUAUAUAAUAAUAAAAGUCCAAUAACGACAACAACAGCUAUAAAUGCAACAUAUCAACGAGCUCAAGAAGUAAAACUUAAAGGAUUGGCCAUGUUGAGAAAAGUCAAAGAUGUAAUGAAUGGUGCUAGUGCUAAUGGUAAUAUCAGUAAUAAUGCUAAACAUUCGGAACCAAAUGAUUUGGAUGCAUUAAUGGAACUACAAAAAGAAGGCUUGAUCUGA